AUGAUUCCAAACUUCGAUAGCGCCGAUAUUCUAACACGAAACCGCAAGGAAUGGGGCUUCGGAUUCCGGCAGUAUGAUUUCCCUUUCCAAUUGGUCCUUCCGGUCCAGUUGCUACCGCAAGCGUGUACCUACAUACUGACAAAUGACGCCAUUCAUCGAUCUCGCAUCUUACUUCACCCGAUUUCAGGAAACUCGAUGCUGACCAGCAGGGAAUAG